AGUUUGAACUGGAAUUACCAGUUAGAAAUUUUUCGUCAAAACCUGUAGUCAAAGAUUUUAUUUUAGAUACUUCUGCUCUCUGCGUAAUUAGUAAGUUGAAUUCCUCCGCAGUAAAUCACGAUGGGAAGUCUAAAGUGUCUUCGCGUCGUCUCUCCGCUGUCAUGAGAUGUGACAGUAGCACUGCCAACGAGCGACAUAUUCAGGCACACGUUUGCGCACACACUCAACAUUCACCCUUGCAAAUUGAUGGGAGAGAGCCAAGUUUAAAUUGGUCUCUGAGAGGCUUGUUCUCACGAGUGGCUCCGGUGCUCACGAAAGAGAAAUUUGUGUUCUGGCGCUUCUGCUAUCACAACUCUCUGCUUUCGUUCCCAGUCACAGUCAGUUGGUCCACAAUUAAAUGCCGUGAUGUUUGUGUCCGCCGUACGCUCCGGACUGUGUCUACAGUGCUGAAGCCUGGUGCAAGUGCUUCGCAGCUGAGGUGAUAGUGGCUAUCGGUUGAUCCCAGCAGUGCUCGAGCCCACGGUCAAGACUCGCGCGGGAGGACUUCCUGGACUUGGGGUGAGCACUGGGCCCCGAGCGGUCUGCCUAUGCCGAAGUGUGUGGCGCGCGGGGAAGAUUUUGUAUUUUGAGCAAUCACAAAACCGCCAGGGAUUUUCUUUAUCAAUAAAUCAAGCAACAUUUUUCCCAUGACUCCUCCACAGCACGUCCUAAGUGUACGCGUAUAAUUAAUCAGUGAGCUGAUUCCUCUAUAUACACUGAAGGAAAUCUAUUAAUGCUGCCACUAUAGUGCAUAUACACACUCCCAUAUAUAUAGUGCUGAGUGAUUCUGUGCGAUCAAGAAGCUCUCUCGUUUGAGGCGACAUAGAAAAAAUAGAAAAUGUUAUUUUUGAGUGAAAAAUAUGAUUUGUGGCUAAAAAUGUCCCCGUCACUUUGCCAGCAAUAAUGAGUUGAGUGUUGUGAAAUUGCCAAAAACUUUUCCGUGGGAUUCUUUUUAUCGUGGGGCACAAUAUAGCCUGUCCACGUAGCGUAUAGGCCGUUCGCCGAGUGCGUGAACGUGAUCAAAUAUUUCUCUGCCGAAGGGUGGCUGCGGAGAUAAAUUUCAAAUCAUCCCCAAAGUGGGCCGCACUCCAGCAUCCUUUCCGCCGUGAGAUGUUCAGUGCAAAUGGCCAGGACUAGAGGAGACCGUAAUUCACCGAGAGCAAAGGAGUUACACACAAAAUAUAACUGUUUUGGCGCUAGAGUUGAUGUGCUGUGCGGUGCCACUUGGCGACAUUAGAGAUCUCCAUGGGAGUGAUUAACAGUUCAAUUGUGGAAUACAAAAUCAAAAUGAGUCCUUCUGGUAGUGACACUUUAAGUUCUCUGGCGUCUCUCACUGGAACGGAAAUCUUAUCAACGCUCUCAUCUUCGAAUGCGACGAAGGAGCUGGAGGAGGAACUCUCCGAGCCGUGGAUUGAGAUAACGCUAUUGAUCCUAAAGGCCACUAUCAUGAUAUUCAUUAUGGUUGCAGCGGUUUUCGGCAAUCUCCUCGUUAUCGCUUCCGUAAUGAGACAUCGAAAACUGAGAGUCAUUACGAAUUACUUUGUUGUCUCCCUGGCGAUGGCAGAUAUUAUGGUGGCUAUGAUGGCAAUGUCGUUCAAUUUCAGUGUCCAAAUAACUGGAAGGUGGCUCUUCGGUCCAUUUAUGUGUGACGUGUGGAACAGCCUGGAUGUCUACUUCUCCACGGCGAGUAUUUUGCAUCUCUGCUGCAUCUCAGUGGAUAGAUAUUACGCCAUCGUACGACCCCUAAAAUAUCCAACAAGUAUGACGAAACGUGUUGUAGCCAUUAUGAUUUUAAACACCUGGGUGUCCCCAGCGCUAUUAUCUUUUGUGCCAAUAUUUGCCGGGUGGUAUACGACCGAGAAACACGAGAUGGAGGUCCUCAAGAAUCCGGAGGAGUGUAAUUUUGUUGUAAACAAAUCAUACGCGAUGAUUUCCAGCUCCAUCUCCUUCUGGAUUCCCUGCACAAUCAUGAUUUUCACGUAUGCCGCCAUUUUCCGCGAGGCCAGUCGGCAGGAGAAACAAUUAGCGUUAAGACAAGGAACGGCCAUGCUUAUGCAUCGGCACUCAAGUUCUGGAGGUACGAAUGGUGAAGCUCUCAGUGGUUCCGGAUCUUCCAAAGCUCUGACACUGCAUGAAGUUGAUCUUGAUCACACACCUACCAAAGAUAAGCACUUAAUCAAAAUGAAACGAGAACACAAGGCUGCAAGAACUCUAGGAAUAAUCAUGGGAGUCUUUAUUCUAUGCUGGUUGCCGUUCUUCCUAUGGUAUUGCAUCACGACCUUGUGCGGCGACGCGUGCCCGUGUCCGGACAUCGUGGUGGCAGUUGUCUUCUGGAUCGGCUACUUCAACUCAACUCUAAAUCCUCUCAUCUACGCCUACUUCAACCGCGACUUCCGGGAAGCAUUCAAAAACACGCUGGAGUGUAUGUUCUGCACGUGGUGGAAAUCGGAUAUGUCACUGGAUGGCAAUAUGCGUAGAUCGAGUCUGCGCUACGAUACUCGCACGAAGAGUGUCUACUCGGAGAGUUACUUACGGCCCAGUACGGCAGAGAGAAGAGCCAGCCAAGCGCUGGUGGAUAGUUUAUAAUGACCGAUAACCGCUGACGGAGUAGCAUCGACAAGUACCGGAAACUUGUAACUAUAUAUAUAUAUAUAUAUAUAUAUAUACAUAUAUAUAUUGCAAAAGAGAGGAUAUUGUAUACUUAAUUAAAAGCGCAGAAGAGAUAUUGAACCACCCUCGUAAUAGUUGUGUCUUCCGUAUAUAAAUCCUGUCCCGAUUGUUUUCCACCUGAGGAUUCUUUUUUUGUUAAACGAAUAUAGGAUUGAUAGUAAUAGAAAAUGAAAGGGGAAUAGGGGAAAUUUUCUAUAGAAAAUUGAAAAGUCACCAUUGUCUGUUGGAUAAUAUUGUUAGUCUUGUCAUAUAUUGAAACCACACAGAGAUAUUUGUGCAGUUUAUUUUAGAAUCACAAUGAAAUAAUAUAAUUUAUAUUAAAUUAUUGUACACAAUAUAACGUGUUGAAUUGAGAUAAACACACUUAUUUUAUAUAGAAAAAAACAAAACACAUAUUGAGAUGUGGAGAAAUUCUUUUGUACUUUAUGAAUGCUAUUUUAUAUAACCAUAAAAUCUGUUAUAUAUGUAUGUAUGGCGCUACAUAUGAAAGGGUGUUAUUGAAAAUACUCAAUAAUUUUUUUUUAUCUUCUUCCCUAAACAAGGGAAAUCUAUCGUGUGCACAGAGACCUAAACUAAAUGUGCGUCACAUAUCCCAGAAUCGAGCAGGAAUACAAAUUUAUGCUAUGCCCCGAUAUCACUUUCGAAAGGUAACACGGUGUCGCCUUAAUUUAUAGUUACAUAAUUUUAAUGAUUGCAUUUAUGUGUUCACGAGAGGUGUUUUGUUAAAGGGAAAAUCAAUACUGGCGGAAAUUAAAGAGAAAUGGGGAUGACUAAAUCGAAUUAUUCUGAUUAGUUGUCAAAUUUACAGUGCAAUAAAUAUUCACACGGAAUUAAUUUGGUAAUAAUUGCAAAUUUUCUGAUGUGUAUACUAAACCAUAAUACUGUAUUAGUUUUAAUUUUUUAGAAAAAUCAGCACCUCUGCUUAUUCCGAAUAUCGAAAUACUUUAGAGCCAUGCUACCUCUCUUGAAGGAGCCGCCCAACAAAGGAUCCCUGUUUGAACGAAGUCUUUACCGGUUUUGGCUCUUGAACCGGAAAAAAACUUUACGCGGAUUUUCGACUCUGACAAAAAAAAAUGAUCAAUCAACCUUCCUAAGUUAAACCACAAACGCGUUGCAAUAAAUGACUUGACGAGUAGAUUAAGAAAUCGAAUGUGGAUAGAAGAUUUAGGGAAAAUUUAACAUAAGGCUAUAGAUCUCAAAAGUUUAGGAUAAAGAUUUGGGGUGCAUCUUUUGAGAUGCUCAUUCAGUUUCAUGCCGAAAUGUCUUUUGCAAACAGACCAUAACAUUUUAUAUCUCACAAAAAAUACGGCCAGUGAAAUUUUGAUUUCAAUGAUUCCUUUUAGUUUCGGUUUUGAAAUUUCAUGACUGGGUUAUGAAAUUUAAUUAUACUCUUGUUUGCAUAGAUUUAGAGUCGUAAUCACGUUGAAAUACAAUUUUGUACUAAAACAAAUAAAUACAAGCGCAUGUGAACAUAUGCAAUUUGAUAUUCUCACCCACAAAGAACUAACGAAAUUAUCCUGAAUGGAAAUCGAAAUGAAAAGCCCCACUUUCAAAAAUGUACAUAUUCACCUGAAAACAAACAAUAUCCUAGAAAUGCCUCAAAAUAAUUCAUCCUACUUCCGACUCUUUCCUGCCCUUUGAUCUUCCGAUUGAGAUUGUGUAAUAGGACUCUCAGUCAGUGAAUAAAACAUGAUGUAAAAUGGAAUGUAAAAUACGACGUGAUGAUGUUAGAUUAAUGUGAUUUGUUUUUGCCAGCAGUCAAAAGGAAUCAUAAUUGCUUGAGUAUACGUUGAAUAUAUAGCAAUAACACUACACGGAUUAUACAAAAGGAGUGUAGAAGCUUUUCUAAACACUAUACAUUUGUAAGUAAAUAUUUACUUGUACAGAGAAUUUUUGUUUAGUGUUUACUGUCUAGUUAAAAUUUUACGACAACAUUUGAUGAUAAACAUGGCAAAAUUUCUUGUAUGCUUCAGAAAACUCCCAAAUAUGCAUUUUAGGUGUUCUCUGGAAUUCGAGCGAUAAAUCUGCAUGUGAAUUAUUUUCACAUGAAUUUUCUAUAGUAGAAAACCAAAGGUAGUGUAAAUAAAAGCUGCAAGCAAUAAACAUAGCAACAUAAAAUACAUCCUUUUCGACCAUUUGCAUGACAUCCCAAGUCCUCACAUGAAACAUAUUUACUGGAAAAUAUAUACAAAUAACAAUUGCAACUUGCAAAGUUGCUUCUGUGAACCGCAACUCGCGCAUUAUCUCGAGAACUUCUGAUAAAUUGUAAUUAAUCGCAGAACGUAAUUCUUCCUAAGUGUGUAAGAUUAAAAAUACAAUGGAAAAGCAAUAUGUAUUGAAUGUUAAGUGUAAAAAAUUUUAAACUUGUAUAAAGCAUUCAAUGUUAGAGGUGUACAUAUGUAUGUAGCUAAUGUUAAGAGUACUAAAGCAUAUAAUUUUAGAUAUUUAAAUUUUUGACCAAUAUUAAUCUUUUGUGUAGUGUGAUAAAUCUAGAUAAUACGUAUAAAUUGAAGAGUCACAACUACAUAAUACAAUACUUCAACCCUCCUCAAUAGCGGAUGAUAAGAAGAGUAAGAAAAAAGGAGGCAGAAUCGAAUCCAAAAAUCCUUCAUCCCACGAGCUUUCAAAUGAUAAUAUUCAUACGAAAUAGUAAGAAAAUUUAACCGAGUGAUUCACUGAUGUUAAAGUAAUAAGAAAGGUAAUAAUACCACGCAUCAUAGAUCAUAACUAACAGAAAACAAAGAGUUAACCAAUAGAGAAAUAGCGAAUGAAAUGUGGCGUGUAACAAUCAAAAAUAGAAAUUGUUAAAAAAGAAAUCUAACAUAGAACUAACUUAUUGGCUAAGUAAGAAUCUCUGCGAAAAUCUUAUUUCAUUUCUAUUGGUGUUCACGCAUGAGAUUAAACAAAAUUUAUAUUCGUAAGGUGUAAAAGAUUGUUUGUAUUCAUUUGUUAUUCGGUUACGGAAAUAUUAUUUAUAAUAUUGUGUUUUAAUUGACACUGAAGAACGCUCAAAGUGUUUGUAAUUUGAAUGAACUAAGCUAUGUAUAUGUUCAUCGAUGAGUCUUAAUUAUCGGUACGUGUAUUGUUCGCGAUAUUGGAGGAAACACACAACAAACAUUGUCGAGUGACGAGCCACAGCAAAUGUUUAUUUGUUAAAUUAACGACUCCGAAAACUGAAAAUCGAAAAAUUAGCACCCAAACCAUCAAACUGUGAAUGUUUGAUUUUGAUAUGAUUUAACAUGUUGGUGUGAAAAAGAAUCAAUUUAAUCCAAAUGUGCUGAACGGGAUGUCUCUUAAUUUGUACAAUGACUCUCUGCGUAACAAGAAUUUUGUUAGGUUGGCACAUAAUACCAUAACAACAUGGCAAAUUUAUUUCACACUUACGUAUAGUCUACAAUUUACUGUAAUUAUUUAAUUAACAUCGAACCAAAUAAGAUGCAUUGUGACACACUUUUAUAAGAAGAUGAAAAAUUUUAUAUAAUAAAUAACAUUUUGAUAAAUUAAUUGUAACAAAAAAAAAGAUGUUGAACGGAGAAAUUCAGAGGAGUAAAGUAAAACAAUGUUAAGCAAGAGGAAAGCCUAUAUUCUAAUGAGAAAAAGUUAUAUAAUAUUAUUUAUUUUAGGAUUUCAUUUUGUAAUAUUUUUCCUACAGAUAUAAAUGAAAUUGUUAAAUAUGUGUAUGUAUGUAAAUAUUAUUUACUUUUUUAAACAGAUAUCCUUCAUCUAGAAGAAUAUAGAAGAAAGUGAAAUAAAUGAGUUAAAACUGA